CCUCCUCCUCCUCCUCACCCAGCCGGAGCGCGUGCUGGUCCUGUACCUCCCCGUGCUGUCCUCACACAGAAAGCAACACGCAGAGCUCGAGACGCCGCACUGCCGCACGAGACGACUGCAGCGCAGGGGCUCGCGCCUCCCGAACGCAGUUCAAAAACUACCGGCUGAUGAACGGACAGCAGGGCGGCGAACGGGCGUCCUUCAGGUGAAAGGAGUGAGGUGGCCAACAGUCCUGCCUUUCUUUUUUCCUCUCUUCCUCUCUCUCUCUCCUGUCCCUUUUUCAUCCUCCUUCUCUCUCCCUCUCUCCGCCUCCUUCCCUCCCUCCUCUCCUCUCUGUGAUGCCGGGCUGUGGGUGACUGUAUGCCCGUGACCAGACUGAAGCUGGGGAAGCUAAAGGUGGUGCGGCGGCAGCUGCUGCAAAGGUAUGAACACCAGCCGUUUGUCUCCUGCCUGGCUGGCCUCUAUGGUUGCCAAUGGAGACGAUACCAAAGAGCCCGGGCGCAGCCGGGAGAGUGUUGCUGCAGCAAGGUGGAGUGCGGCACCUUUGGCCUCCUGAUCCUCACCUUCUUCCUCAGUUUUUUAUUCCUCUAUUUCUGGAGUGAAGCUCAGAACGACUACAACGACUUUGACUGGUUUAACUUCGGGACUCUGGGGUUCUGGUUUCCCUGGUCUCUGGUCCUGCUGGUUGUUGCAGCUGCUCUCUUCACAUACAUCGCCCUGCUGCUGGUGCUGGCGGUGUGCCUGCUGUCUGAGGGUCAGAGGCUGUACCUUCACUGGAGCCACAAGACCGGCAUCGUGGUGACCUUGGCGUUCUCAGUCACAGCCACCGCCAUCCUGUCCGAUCUCUGGAGCAAAGAAUGGAAGACUCUCCUCCUUUCCCUGCAGGUGACGGCACCUUUCCUCCAUGUGGCUGCAGUCGCACUUAUGGUGAUUCUCUCCUGGCCAAUAGCGUUGCACUUCUUCCGCAUGAACAAGAGAGUGCGUCAGGCGGCUGUCCUGGGUCUCUACCUGUCCGUGCUGUUCUCUCUCUACCUGGUCCCCCUGGGGAUGUACUCACCCUGCAUUAAAGAGGCAGGAACGCUGGGACCCGCCCCGACGCUCAUCGGACACAGAGGAGCUCCGAUGCUGGCUCCAGAGAAUACUGUGAUGUCAUUUGAGAAGGCGGUGGAGGCUGGAGGAGAAGGGCUGGAGACCGACGUCACCAUCAGUUAUGAUGGGGUUCCCUUCCUGAUGCACGACUCCACUCUGAGGAGAACAACUAACGUUGCUGAGGUUUUCCCCAAUCGAACACACCAGGAUGCCUCCAUGUUCACCUGGUCAGAGCUACAGCAGCUGAAUGCUGGAGACUGGUUCUUAUCGAGGGACCCGUUUGGCACUGUGUCUUCCCUGUCUGAGGCAGACUGCUCCCGGGCCCGGAACCAGUCUGUUCCCUCACUGGCCCAGUUCCUGGAGGUUGCAGCCCGUAGCGGCAGACUGGUGCUGUUUGACCUGCGCAGGCCACCGUACGAACAUCCCUACAGCCAGUUCUACAUCAACCUCACUCUGCAGGUGGUGCAGGCCCACAUCAACUCCUCACAGGUGCUGUGGCUGCCAUCUGAGGACAGGGAGCUGGUCCAGGCUGUGGAUCCAGACCUGCAGCAGACCUCUGGAGUGAAGGCUUCCAUUCAGGAACUCACCGACAGCCACAUCACCAGACUGAACCUGCACUACAGCACCAUGUCACAGCAACAGAUCAGAAAGUACCAGUCAGAGAACAUCAGUACUAACCUGUAUGUCAUCAGCCAGCCGUGGCUCUACACUCUGGCCUGGUGCGCCGGAGCCCAGUCCGUAACCACCAACUCCAUCCACAUCCUGUCUGGCAUCGACAAGCCGCUCUUCCUCAUGACUCCAGAGGAAUAUAGUUUGAUGUGGAUUCUGACUGAUGCCGUGUCGGCCUUCCUCAUCGCUGCAGUUUUCCUAUUCCACUGGACAGGAAGUUAUUACAGAACCAUCGUGUUCACAACGGCCAUACACACCUUUGCCUUCCAGUGUGGUGGGAGGACUUUUUGGAGAGCUCAGGUGGAGAGAGAGAGGCCUUCCCUUCUGGUCCGGCAGCCGUCAGACUCAUGAGAACGGACCCUACAGCAAGUUCAGGACGGACUCGUCAGAGGUGAUCUGUGUUCGCUGGAGCCCCCUGCACUCUGACCCCCCUGCUGGAGCCCUGGUCUCCCUCCCUUUGGUCUUCACCCCGUGACCCCGUGCAUGUAUGAACCCUGUUUGAAGUGCACGCGUCUGUGUUUCCUGUAGACAAGCGACAGCAGGACUGUAAAAGAAACGCGAGGACACGUUCCUCUCAGAGUCACUGUGGAUCCAGAGGUCCAGAGUUGGCCCUGAAGCCGUCUGCUCAGGUGCAGCUGACUGACAGCAUCUUACCUGACUGACGUACAAGACAAAGUGUACUCAAACAGCUGCGAGACGAGACGAGACAUCCAGUGACAGACGAAGCCUUGAGACGAGUCCUUCCUGCGUCAUUUGUGCGCUUGCAUCAUGAAGCAAACUCUGCAGUUUGCGUGUUGCUUCUAUUUUGUGUCAUGUUUGCAUUUUUACACGCACGAACUCACCCACAAUGCACAGCUCCUUUAGCUUCAUGUCAUGCAUGUUUUGAACAUCCUGUGCAAACUUCUGCUAAAUUCAUGGGACUUUGUCUUCACAUACUUUGUUAGUUGUUGUGUGUGUAUUCUAAGCCUCAAGAAAAAUCCAUGACUUGACCAGGUGUGGACUGGCACACCUGGUUGUAUAAAUCCCGCCCCUCUGUGUUACCCACAAAGCUUCCUCACAAAGUGUAAAGUCUAAACUGUUGGACCUUUUUGCAGAGCUGAGUGAUGUGUGGUCCAUCUCCAGCGUCAACGUCCGGCCUGACCUACGGAGCAUGCCCAGUUCACCCAGCAACCCUCACCUGCCCACCAUCACAGAGGAGUGAUGGGGGGAGGGAGAGACAGACGGAGAGAGAGA